AUCCACAUCGAUUUCAUUGGAGCCUCAGGCUGCCGAUAACCAUAUCCGCCACCUGACGGGAGAUUGUCACCGUGUUUCAACCAUUCCUUCCAUUCGUCUCCUUUAACCUUCUCCGCUUCUCGAGUGCACUGCAUUUUCAUACUGUGAUGUCUCGACGUGCAACUCCGGGUCAAGCUGCUCAGAACCAGCAGACUAUCAAGGGUCUGCUGAAACUCGAACACAACAAAAUAUGUGCCGAUUGCAAGCGCAAUAAACACCCGCGAUGGGCAUCCUGGAACCUUGGAAUCUUUAUCUGCAUCCGCUGCUCGGGUAUUCAUAGGGGCAUGGGCACACAUAUCAGCAGGGUGAAAUCAGUUGAUCUUGACUCCUGGACCGAUGAGCAACUACAGAGUGUGCUGAGAUGGGGUAAUUCGAGAGCGAACAAAUAUUGGGAGGCAAAACUGGCGCCCGGUCACGUCCCGUUGGAAGCGAAAAUUGAGAACUUCAUUCGGACCAAGUAUGAAUCCAAGCGGUGGAUCAUGGAUGGCCCGAUGCCCGAUCCCUCCACGUUAGAUGAUGGAGAUGACGAUGUGCCCCUUGCGGUCGUUCAGGAAAAGGCAAAGAUCGAGCGCUCUGCAUCCCAGCGGGUGGCGACGUCUAGUCAACCGCCGGCGACGCAUCGCCAGCAAGCAUCCAUUGAUCUCUUCGGUGACGAUGAUAUCGCUCCCCCGGCCCGUCCCAGCACUACGGAUCCUACGCCACGGGCCGCGCCAAAGCAACCUCAGUCUGCUCCUAAGCCAGCACGCCCCGGAGAUUCGCUGCUUGGACUUGAUUUCUUUGGUAGCGCUCAACCGGCCACUAACAGUCGCCCGUCUAGUACAGCAUCCACCCCUGGCGCUUCCACCGGGAUCUCUAGGCCGGAUCUCAAGCAAUCUAUUCUCUCUCUCUACUCCAAGCCUCAGCCAGCUCCAGCACAACAUGGGCGCACUUCUUCGUUUGGAGACCUGGCUUCUCCGGCGCCGCACUCAGCAUCGUCAUCCAACAUGGGUGGCCUGACGGAUGCCUUCAGUGGACUUAGUUUCCCAUCCACCACCUCUCCUCCACCUCAAAAGCCAGCAGAAAAGCCAUCUCCCUUUUCUAAUCUAACAAACUUCGCCAACAUGAAAUCUACUCCAGCGGCCCCGAAGGUCUCCUCGCCUACAGCAUCUGCCGGCAGUGGAGGGGGUAGUUUGUUCGACAGCCUUACGUCUCCCACUCUCCCUCCAGCGAAGCCUCAGUCCCGCACUACCUCGAUUUCGUCCAAUGGCUUCGAUUCAGGAUUUACUAGUUUUGCAUCUCCACCAUCUAAGCCGAAUCCGCCACCCCCGUCUUCUUCGUUGUCCAACGACCUCUUCGGACUGUCUUCUCCUGCUCCCGUCUCCUCCUCGGCCAAGGUCUCAUCCCCGCUAGCGUCGUCGGCGACCUCACCACAGCAGGAAUUGAAGGCCGCUUUCAACCUUAAUUCCCCUGCUCCUACUCCAGUUUCUGUGCCGGCACCCAAAUCUAACGUAUCCGCCACAACGGCAUCCAUCGCGAGCGCCCUCCCGGCAAGCAUAGACCCUUGGGGAGGUGGUAACGCAUGGAACACUCCGGAUCCUGCACCAGCUGCUGCACCCGCCACUUCUUCAAUGAUGAAGAUCCCCGAUACCCUGACUGCUAAUGACAUCGGGGCCGGCUGGGGCGCUCCGUCAGCAUCCGCUGGUUCUAAGCCAGCCCUGGCUGUGGCUGCAGACGAAGAUUUUGGCGGCUGGACCAGUGCAGCACCUGUUUCAUCUUCGACAACUGCUACUUCGAAUAAUAUGAGCAUUCCAUCUAAACCGGCAGGCGGGUUUGGCGGAGCUGAUGAUUUAUUUUCUAAUGUAUGGGAAUAGUUCUUAUCUUCCUCAAUUGAACCAGAAGUUGCACAUACUUGGCUUUUUAACUUUAGACCUCAGCGCCAGAUCGCAAUGGAUUUCUUUUAUUUUCUAUUUCUUCUAGUCUCAUCAUCUCUUGUUUAACACCCUAUUUUCUUUUUCUCUAUCCGACUCUACAUUCUUUUCCCUAAUUGGCACGACUUGGGGAAACGGGAGUUGGGGCUGUUAAAAGGGUGGUUUCUGUGAACAAAAUGUUAUGUAGCAAUGGUUGAUAAUGCCCUUGAAGAGCAUGUUCAUGAACAUUCAAGAUAUCGUUAGUUAUUAUGAAUCGCACUACUAGUA